AUGAGAAUUUGGUAUCCAUCUCCAGAAUCACAGAAGAUAGCUUUUGUAAUCCAAGCGGGCAACGACUUCCCACCAUCCAUUUUCCAAGCUCUCCUCCCGCUCAACCUUAAUCUGACACUUGCCGUUCAUUCCACUCGCCCAAGCGUCCACGGCCUCAACGUCUUAACAUCAAAUGGCCAUCGCGAAUUCAGUUACAUUACGCCGUCUAUUCGCACCGAACCCAGAGACCUGCCGUCAUCGUAUCUCGAAUGCAACGUCAUUCACUUGUUAUGCUCGCCGACUCGAGCCAUGCUGCAAAUUUCAGAGAUAUUAAGACUUAGAGACAAACAGUUGCCACGACCUAUUUUCGUCUGGGAACCUAGUCCCAGGAGUUCUAAAAGAAUAAAUUGGGAUUCGCUUUUGGAGGCGAUGCAGUUGGUUGAUAUCAUAUUACCGAAUCAUGAAGAAGCCGCUGCGCUUUUGGGUUUAGUGGAUGAGGAUAAUAAGGACAGUAAUGUGUACGAGAAAUUUCUAACAAAAGAUAUGUUGAAUAGUAUGGUAGAUGAGUUUAUAUCUCAUCCCAUUGGGAUACACGGCGAUGGCUGUAUAAUACUCCGUGCUGCUUAUGCAGGAUGUCUUGUAGCAACAAAGCAGGAACGAAGACACAUUCCAGCAUACCAUGAGAAUCCUAGCCAACUUAUAGUCGAUGUAACUGGUGCUGGAAAUUCGUUCUGUGGGGGAGUGGCAGCUGGAUUAUUAAAGACCAACUUUGAUGUAUUUGAAGCAGCCCUGUAUGGAACUGUUAGUGCUAGUUAUACAAUCGAACAAUUAGGAGUACCAAAAUUGAAAGGGUUGAAUGAUACCGGCAAGGAAUUAUGGAGUGAUGAAGACGGCAUGCCUGAAGUUCGAUUGGCAAAAUUGAGGCAAAGGAUAAGAGAAUGA